CAUGGCCGGGAUUUUCGGGAAGAUUUUCGUGGGUAUUUACGUGGAGAUAAAACGGAGCGACGGACGAAUACACCAGGCGAUGGUCACCUCUCUGCACGAAGACAAUGACAGUGUGACUGUGGAGUGGAUCGAAAACGGGGACACCAAAGGGAAAGAGAUCGACCUCGAAAGCAUCUUCGCUCUGAAUCCAGAUGUUGCUCCAGAUGAGGAAAUACCACAGAGUCCCGAGGCUCCUAUUCCUCCCUCCAAUGUGGCCAAAACCAGCAAAGUGCCCAAGACCAAAAGAACUACAGCGAUACCCAAACCUGAGAAUGCUCCACGAGAGAAUAGAGCUGCAGCAGUAGGAACCACUCGGGCCCGUCCCAGCCAGCACACCCAGCCUGCAGACCCCCCCCCUCCAGCCAUCACACCCCAGACUGCUCUCAACCAGACGCAGACGCUCCUCCAGCAGCAGAACGCACGAAGGAAAUCCAACUGUGUGAAAGAAGUGGAGAAACUGCAGGAGAAACGAGAGAAGAGGCGACUUCAGCAGCAAGAGCUCCGAGAGAAGAGGGCACAAGAGGUCGAUGUGAAUUUACCAAACUAUGAAAUCAUGUGUAUGAUCAGAGACUUCAGAGCCAGUCUGGACUACAGGCCUUUAACCACUAAUGAUCUGAUCGAGGAGCACAGGAUAUGUGUGUGUGUGCGAGCGCGUCCUCUCAAUAAAAAAGAGCUGUCAGUGAAGGAUUUGGAUGUGAUCACCAUCCCCAGUAAAGACGUAGUAAUGGUCCACGAGCCGAAGCAGAAAGUCGACCUGACCCGCUACUUGGAGAACCAAACUUUCCGAUUUGACUACGCCUUCGACGAGAACUCCACCAAUGAAAUGGUUUACAGGUUCACCGCUCAGCCGCUCGUGGAGACAAUCUUUGAAAGAGGAAUGGCGACUUGCUUUGCGUACGGACAGACAGGAAGUGGAAAAACACAUACGAUGGGAGGAGACUUCUCAGGGAAGAACCAGGACUGCUCUAAAGGGAUCUAUGCACUGUCGGCCCGAGACGUCUUUCUCAUGUUAAAGAAGCCAAACUACAAGAAGCUGGAUCUCCAAGUGUUUGCAACAUUUUUUGAGAUUUACAGCGGGAAGGUUUUCGACCUGCUAAACCGUAAGGCCAAGUUACGCGUGCUGGAGGACGGGAAGCAGCAGGUGCAGGUGGUGGGGCUGCAGGAGAGGGAUGUCAAAUGCACAGAGGACGUCCUCAAACUCAUCGAAAUGGGAAACAGCUGCAGGACUUCUGGUCAGACCUCGGCGAACGCACACUCCUCUCGAAGCCACGCCGUGUUCCAGAUCAUUCUGCGUCGGAGGGGAAAGAUGCACGGGAAGUUUUCCCUCAUCGAUUUGGCGGGAAACGAGAGAGGAGCCGACACCUCCAGCGCCGACCGGCAGACUCGCCUCGAAGGAGCCGAGAUCAACAAAAGCCUGCUGGCGCUCAAGGAGUGCAUUCGAGCUCUGGGCCGAAACAAACCUCACACUCCGUUCAGAGCCAGCAAGUUAACCCAAGUGCUGAGAGACUCGUUCAUCGGAGAGAACUCCAGAACAUGCAUGAUUGCCACCAUCUCUCCUGGGAUGGCGUCCUGUGAAAACACCUUGAACACGCUGAGAUACGCCAACAGAGUGAAGGAGUUUGGGAUCAGUCCUUCAGAUAUUCCCUUCACCCAGAGCGGAGGCGGAGGCGGUCGAUCCGAACUCUCUCCUACUUACGAGUAUGAUCACUUUUUUCCAUGUGUUGUCAGGGUGAAGGAGCUCGCCGUGGAUCCCGCCGUGGCCCUGGAGAACCGUCAGGGAGGACACGUCAACCAGCUGGAGGUGCUGGAGGCUCAGUGGGGAGUCGGCAGCUCCCCGCAGAGAGACGACCUGAAGCUGCUCUGUGAACAGAACGAGGAAGAGGUUUCCCCGCAGCUCUUCACCUUCCACGAGGCCGUGUCUCAGCUGGUGGAGAUGGAGGAGCAGGUUCUGGAGGAUCACAGAGCCGUGUUUCAGGAGUCGAUCCGCUGUCUGGAAGAGGAGAAAGUGCUCCUGGAGAUGACGGAGGAAGUGGACUACGACGUCGAGUCUUAUGCAACUCAACUUGAACAAAUCCUGGAUCAGAAGAUCGACAUCCUGACCGAGCUGAGAGAUAAAGUCAAGUCUUUCCGCUCUGCACUGCAAGAAGAGGAGCAAGCUAGCCAACAAAUAACUCCCAAGAGGCCUCGUGCACUAUAG